AUUAAAUUGGACAGUUUGACCCGCCCGAUUGGUCCGGGUGUUCCCGGAAUAGAAACCUAACCACAGCACAUGCGCAUUAGCGGCCGCAAUGUGGCUCCGCGUAGGUAAACGGUUUCAACGUUUAAAUCACCGACACUGCGUUUUGACCUCGAAAGCAGUGUGUGUCCAAAAGCUUCACGGUGAGUUUACAGAGAAUAACUAUGAAGGGUUGUAUCCUGGACACAUCCCCACCACCCCCAUCCAGAAAGCCUUGUUGGCUGUGGGGUCUGGCGUGGCUGCACUGCAGAACCCCUACAGACAUGACAUGGUUGCAGUGCUCGGUGAGACGACAGGACACCUAGCGUUGAUAAAUCUCAGGGACAGGAUGAGAAACGACCCUGAAGGCUACACUAUCCUAACAGAAAGGCCCAGGAUCCGGCUUUCCACACUUGAUCUGAGUAAGAUGUCUUCAUUACCUGAUGGCUCUUUUGGGAGAGAAUAUCUUCGUUUUCUGGAGGACAAUCAUGUGACCCCUGACACAAGGGCAGACGUGAAGUUUGUGGACAAUGAGGAGCUCGCUUACGUCAUGCAGAGAUACAGAGAAGUCCAUGAUUUGUUGCACACCUUACUGGGCAUGCCCACCAACAUGCUGGGUGAGGUGGCUGUGAAGUGGUUUGAAGCUGCCCAGACGGGGCUCCCCAUGUGCGCUCUUGGAGCUGUGUUGGGCCCACUUCGGUUAAAUGCAAGCCGUUUACAGUCACUGUUCACAUCCUUGGGCCCUUGGGCUGUGCAGAACGGUCGGCGGGCUCGCUGCGUCCUCAGCAUCUUCUAUGAGAGGCGAUGGGAGCAGAGCCUCGAAGACCUCAGACAGGAGCUCAACAUCGAGCCACCGCCAGUCAUACUCAGUGCGACCAACAAGAGAAACACCUGAGAAAGAGCCCCAAAGAAGAUCCAGGGUUCAGGAGUCACUGAACAUAGACUUUAGUGGACAAACCAGAAAAAUGUGAAGUGUCAUCCUGUGGAAUUUUUCUUAAAAUGAAAUUCACAUUAACCGCUGAGGGAACAGCUUUGGGGAAAUUUCAUGCUUGGGAAACUUUGGCGAGUUGCUUCCUGAUCAUUUUCCAAAUAUUUAACUCUCAUUUCUCAGCUGAUGAAAUGUUCAAGUUUUUACACCCGUCCGAGGCUGCAAGACAACAGAUCUGGUUCAACAGGUUACAUUCAGUCGCUGUUUGUUAUUGAGAAUGUGACAGAUGUGUGUAUUUGUAUUAAGGACAUUAAAAAAGAAAAUUGAAAAACUGAA